UUACGGUCGCGAUUGCAUGUGAGAAUCCGCGUGCGGCAGAUCCCGAUGUGACUCCUGUUAUGCUGCACACUAUAUAUUCUGUGGCCGUGAGCGCACUGCCAGCACACUGAAUUCACGGUCCGGCAACGCGAGAUGCUUGCUGCUGCUGCUGCUGUGGUGGUACCAGAGGGAAUGCUUUUUUAAUGUUGUACUCGGAACUGGAGACCCGACUUCGAUUUGCGAAACCACUGCGGUACCCGACCGGUGGUUACCCAAAACUGUGAUUCUGGUUUUUUCUGAGAUGCUCAGAUAUUUGACGCACAAACUUCGUACACAGUCUCUCAAUGAAACCGAAACGUACCACGUCAAGACAGACGAUGAUCGAGAUUCUGGGACCGAAUCAGACGACGAAGGUGCUGAAAUCGAAGAGCUCCAGAAAUACAUGGAGAGCAUCAUCAGCUUGGACAGCAGCCGCCACAGCGAGCACCACCGCCGCUCGAAGCGACACCACCAGCACCUCCCUUCUCAGGUGACAGCGGAGGACGACGGGGCCGCGUCCUCCCCAGCGGACGCGCCUCCCUCCCGCCCCCCGCACCACCGCCACCACCACCACCACAGACGGAGGACGAGCCACCACCGGUCCUCCCCAGCCUUAGCGGACUCGGCGCUGCCCUCGGACAGCGACCACAACGUCGAUCACCACAGCUCCGAGGAGGAGCUCGAGGUGAUCAACAGUGGGAGCCCCACGACGCCCCGGCUCCCCCAGCCGGAGAAGCGCAAGUGGGACUGCUCCGCCCCGUUGGACGAUGAGCAAACGCUGGGCGAUGACGACGAGAACAACUGCCCGGUUGAGUUUCGGACCUCGCCCCCCGCCCACGCCCACAAACCGAGCAAGUGUCUGAGGCAGGCGCACAUCCCCGCGCACGAGCUGUGCUCUGUUUCGCCUAGGAAGAGGCACCGGAGGACCCCCACGGGACAGGCUAUCCAGCGGCCCUGCCUGGACUUUGAAAAAAUGCAACAGAUCAAUAGGGUGCGACUACUGUGAGGUGUGAUUGUUGACCGUCUUCUCUUUCUGCCUUCUUCAUGUGUCUCUCUAAAUCUCUCGUCGUUUUAACGUUCCGCUGCGAUGACGUCAUCCCACCAGGGAGACUAUUUUAUUCCGCUUGGAAAAUGAAGAUAUAUGAAAAAAAAAAUCCCAAAGCCAACUCUUGUGUAUUAAAUGUGCGCGCGCGCGCGUGUGUGUUCUUUAUAUGGGUAACGACCGACGCGUUUCUAAUCGAAUUCCCUUGAUUUUUGAACUUGAUGUUGUUUUCCCCCUUCCCAUUGGUCAGCUAAUCUAUUGUUGUAAAAGAAGGAAAAAAACAAACGACUAUACUGGAAUAAAAUUGUGGUCCAAAGAAAAAUUGAGAACAUAUUUUGAAUCUGAUAAUUUUUUGCCUAACUGCUAUCUGCAGUAACUUUAUUGGAGUGUACAUAAGAAGCAGUACCUGGGAUCAAAUUAUAUAAAUAUUUACUUGAGUGGUAUUUGUCACUGGAAUGCAUCAAUAAAUUAUAGUUUCUCUUAUUCUAAAAUCAUUUUAAAACUUAUAUGGACAUGCUUAAGCUAUUGCAAAUAAAUGUUCCGCUCAAAAAUUCUUCAAAAAAAAAA